AUGGAUGGAGGAUUUGGAUGUGGAGAUGUUAAUGAACCAUGUCUUGAAGAAGAAUGUCAAGAAUCUGAGUAUAAUGAGGAGGAAUCAGGAGGUGAUGAGGAUGAAUCUGAUGGUGAUGAUGGUUUAUGUAAUGAGGAUGAAGAAGAGUUUGAUGUUAAUAAAGUUAGUGUUGUGGUGAAGAUGGAGGAUUUGAAAAAGGAUCUUGUUGUAAAGAUAGAUCAGGGAGUGUUGAAAUUUCCUCAAAAACCAAUAUUGACACCUGCUUUUGGUCAAAUUAAUGAUGAUGAAGAAAGAACAGAAGUAAAUGAUGAUGAAGAUUAUGGAAAUGAUUUUCUGAAUGAUCAUGAAAAUGUUGAAGAUGAUGAUCAAGGGAAAUGUGGUGGUGCUGAGGGGGAUGGAAAGCGUGCACAUGAGGACCAUAUUGGUAAAAAUGAUGUUGAAGGUAAAGUUGAUGGUGUUGAAGGUGAUGAUAAUGAUCAUGCAUAUGAGGACCAUAUGGGUACUGAAAACCUGGUUGAUGGAUGUAUAAAUCAGAAACCAGUUGAAGAUGAUGUGAAUAACAAUUUGACUGGGACUGUAAAUUUGGGUGGGGAUGAUCAUAACAAAGAAGUAAUUUCAGAUCAUACUGUUGAUAAAGUUAUUGUAGAAAAGAAGAAAGAAGAUGAAUUAAUUGAUCCAAGUUUAUUGAAAGGUUUUGCUGAAGUGUUAGUUGAAAUUUCUAAAGAAAAGAAGGAUGGAGAAGGUGUGGUAAAAGGUGAAGUUGUUGAAGUUGAUUCGGAUUUAGGGAAAGCAAUAGAAGAUUGUUCAAAUAAAAAUAAAGAUGGAGAAACUACUAAAGAGGGUUUACAGAUUAUACAAUGGAAGGAUUUAAAUGAGACUCAAUCAUUGAAAAAGGACAAAGCAGAAGGAAGUUGA